UAGUAUACUAGCAUAUUUUUAAUUGUUUUUUAGAAUAUAAAUAUGCUUAUAAUUAUGUAAAAGGAUAAGUACUUUUCUUAUGUGUUUAAAUAAAACGCGGGAAAUCGAAUGAUAUGUUUUUUGACUUGUAUCCCCGAUUAACCUUGAUCUGUUUCCGGUCGAGUUUUUGUAAUUUGCAGUAAAACAGUAAUUGAAAACAAUAUCACUGACAGCAGAACCCUGGAAAUUUAUCGAAAGGAAAUUUGAUACUUCUGUUGUUUACAGAUUUUGACAUAACGUGUAAACAAUUAAUUAUAAAUGGCGGAAGAUUUUGGAAGAGAAACACCACCGAUGUACACAAGCAAUGAAGAAACUAAAACAGCUGGACAACCUCUCUCAGAUUUCUUAUUACAGUUGGAAGAUUAUACACCUACGGUACCUGAUGCGAUCAGUGAACAUUAUUUGCAUACAGCUGGUUUUAAUACAACAGAUCCUAGAAUAGUACGGCUUGUUUCAUUAGCAGCACAAAAGUUUAUAUCUGAAAUAGCAAAUGAUGCGUUACAGCAUUGUAAGACCCGUGGAGCAAAUCAGAAUACAAAAACAAAAGGAAAAGAUCGACGCUACACUUUGACCAUGGAGGACCUGACACCAGCUGUUGCAGAAUAUGGCAUCAUAGUUAAAAAACCACAUUAUUUUGUUUAAUUCCCUUUAUUUCAUUUUUCUUUAUUCACAAAUGAUUUUUAUUUAUUUAAUGUUUUUUUGCAUGUAUAUGAAGUGAAUUUCUUGUAUACCAUGUAUAUUGUAUAGUUUUUAUAAGAAUUAAUAUUAUAAACAAACAUAAAUUAUACAGUCAAUACAA